AUGUCUAUUCCGUUCGAACAACCCUCCAUGGACUGGUCUCACCCAGAAACCUACAGUGAAUUUCUGCGGUUCAGACAGCACGUGGACUUCGUUUUCAAAGGACCUCUGUGCAAAUCUGACAAGAAGGACAAAGCCGGCUGGCUAGGAAUUUGGAUUGGGAAACACGGCCGCGAGGUAUAUAAAACGUUUGAUUGGGAGCAAGGAGAUGCAGAUGACCCCAAGAAAAUUUUGGACAAGUUUGAAGCAUACGUAAGACCUCGGAAAAACAAGAGAGCUGCAAAAUUUAAAGUUUUCCAGCGUAAGCAGCAAGAAGGCGAUCCAUUCGACAACUUCAUCAAAGACCUGCGUCUAAUUCUUAUGGAUUGUGAGUAUGCUGACACUGAUGACAUUUUGAUUGAUGCAGUUAUCGCUGGAGUGUCUCAUAAGAAAGUUCAAGAACGACUUCUUGACCAAGGACAAGGUUUGACUCUUGCUAAAACCCUCGAAAUAGGCCGUCAGUAUGAGAUGUCCCAAAAACAAUUAAAAUUGAUCCUUGGAUCAGAGGAAAUUUCAAUCUCCAAACUCGCAGUUAAGCAGAAACCGGAACUAAGACGACAGGAGAGUAAAACAAAACGUAAACCUGAAAAAGUGAAAAACCCCUGCACACGCUGUGGAUUGGAUGCCAAUCACGCCAAAUGUCCAGCGAUUGGAACACUGUGCAGUUAUUGCAAGAACCCAGACCAUUGGCUAGCUGUCUAUCGGAAGCGCAACCGAGCCAAGAUGUACUCACUAGACCCAGAGGGCUCAUCCGGAUCUGAGGACAGUGAUGAGAGUGAAAGUACCAUCAUAGACAUUCUUGCUACCAGUGAUGGGAAAGCUGACACUUAUAAAUCAGACAAAUGGCUCACUACACUGUACAUUCAGAACAAGCCAAUAGAGUUCCGUAUUGACACAGGAGCUAAAUGUAAUGUAAUCGUCAAGGCACAGUACACAAAAGCAGAACUACAUGGAAAUAAACAGAAAUCACAUAAAAUACUGCGUUCAUUUACCAACCACACCAUUCGUCCAGAAUUUUGUGUCGACUUACCGCUUGCUAGUCGUGUUGGUGACGCACAGAUUAGCACCAAGUUCGAAAUAGUCAACGUUCCCCAGGAAAACGUUAUCACAGGUUCUACAGCUGAAAAACUUGGUAUCAUUACACGCCUUGACACUGCUGCAUGCAACUCUGUACAGUUAGAACAGUUCAGUGACUUCCCCGAUCUUAUUCGUACUACUGGUACCCUCCCAGGAGAACAUACCAUUAAAAUUGAUCCUAACGCCAAAGGUGUGAUCCAUCCAGUGCGCCGUCAACCAGCUUCACUUAAGCCACAAAUCAUUGAUAAACUGAGAGAAAUGGAAGCAGAUGGAUUCAUCACCCCUGUUGAAGAGCCUACUGACUGGGUUAGCUCUAUGGUCGUGAGCCUCCAGAACAACAAAGUGAGAAUUUGUAUUGACCCCAAAGACCUUAACGAAGCCAUCAAGAGAGAACAUUACCCCAUGAAGACUGUAGAGGAAGUGUCAUCCUCUAUCCCGGGUGCAAAUCUGUUUUAA